AUGAUUGGCGAAUUUGCGAAUUCUGGUAACGACUUGGACUUCUCCAGCAGGUUAGGAGGACUUAAAGCGGGGUCGACUGUAACGGUCGAGGCUGACGGCGAGGAUGCGAUGCUGGAUGAGCUGGCAGGGCUACACGUGGAGCUCGACCCUCCUGACGUAGCAGGGCGGAGCCAGCUGGACGAUCGCCGGGACGUCGCUGACGACGCUUUUUUCCGGCUGCGAGGGCUCUGCGACGCACUGCUAGCGCUGCUACAGCUGCUAGCGCUGCUACAGCUGCUAGAGCUGCUAGAGCUGCCAGAAGCCGCCUUAGUGGACGCGGCAGGGGAGGAUCCCUUAGGGCUUGGCAGCAGCUGCGGCUUCCCGCCAAACGCGGCGGCAGCUGCGGUGGCGUCUUUCGAGGGAUACGCUGGCGGAGUGGACGGCGCGGACCGCGGGCUGGUUGAGGCGGAAAGAGCGCGCGCGCGCACCUUGGACAUGGGCGCGGACUCGGAGCGGGAGAGGAAGCUUCCACGCGGCUUCGGGGAUUUGCAUGUGGCUGCUGCGCCCGUUGAUUUGCUCACGCGGGUGGGAUGA